GGAUUCAUCGCCUGGCAAAGAGCUGCAACCGCUUGUUGGCCCAGUACAAACCCAGUUUGGGAAAAGAAAAACAACACCCACUGACAAAUGUGAUGCCUGUUAGAAGUGGAGCUUUACAAGAAAAGAGACAUAAUUAAAAACAGUUGGACUGCUCAGAGGAAGUAGUUCCAGAGUUGCAACACUGCACAGAGCCGGGAUUUUCUCAAGCCGAAAGCUGAUCUCCAUUCAGCAAUCUGGGAGCUAAACGGAGCAGCUGAUCACCGUUAAGCACUAACUAAAGCUCCCAGGCAGCUACUACUCUCAUCUCUGUCGUUCAACAGAAAUGCCUCGUGAAAUCAAACCGAUCCUCUUCUGUGUCUUGACACUCUGCAUUACAGCACUGGUGGUGGGUGUUGAGGAAAUUCAGAGUGAUGAGGAGUGCGCUGACCUCAACAACACCACCUGGCUGGAGUACCGGCAGCAGAGAGUCAAGCUGCAGGUGCAGUACCUGCUGCUCACGAGGAGGAACAUGGACUGUGCCCAAAUGUUCAACCAGGAGUCUCUCACUGAAACACAGAAGCAGUCAUCCUACUUCAACAUCUCCCACCCAACAAAGGUCAUCAUCCAUGGUUACAGGAUCCUGGGCAGUAAGCCGUCCUGGGUAAAGCAGCUGGCCCAGACCUUGCUCAGGGCGCAGGAUGCCAAUGUGCUGGUGGUGGACUGGGUCUACGGCGCCUCCUUUGCCUACAACCUGGUAGUGGAGAAUUACAAGGAGGUGGCUUUGCAGAUCUCUGUCCUCAUCAACCAGCUGCAGAAACACGGAUGCAAGCUAGAGUCUUUCCACUUCAUCGGGGUCAGUCUUGGGGCGCACGUCGCUGGUUUCGUGGGGACUCUUUUCGAUGGGAAGAUAGGACGAAUCACCGCUCUAGACCCUGCUGGACCCAUGUUUAAAGGAGCAGACACUUUUGACCGGCUGGACCCGUCUGACGCUCAGUUUGUUGACGCCAUCCACACAGAUGCUGACUAUUUUGGGAUUUCCAUCCCUGUCGGUCAUGUGGACUUCUUUCUGAACGGAGGAAAAGACCAGACUGGAUGUGCUCGCUCUAGGUUUGCUUCAAUUCUUGUCUACUUCCCAGUGUAUGGCUAUGUGAUAUGUGACCACAUGAGGGCGCUGCACGUCUACAUGAGCGCGCUGAACGGCUCGUGCUCGUUAAUGGGGAUCCCGUGCUUCAGCUAUGAGGAAUUCCUGAUGGGACGCUGCGUGGACUGUGACGUCUUCAAGGGGAGAUGUCCAACUAUAGGUUUAUCAGAAAACAGUGGGAUAGACAUGUCUCCAGUUCCCAGAGAGCAGAAGCUCUUCCUCCUCACAACUGCUUCGCCACCUUUUUGCUCUCAUCAUUUCCUGCUGCAGCUGGAGGUUUCUCCUCUGGAUAAGAGCGCGGAGGUGGAGCUGACACUGAAGACGCAGAACCUGGAAACAGAGCAGCGGCUCAGGCUUCAGAAAGACACAACAGUGUACAGGACUGUGUUGUCACACCCUGCUGCCCUGUGUGAGAUCGACUCCAUCGAGCUGAAGAACACCGGAGCUCGCUUCUACAGACAGGGUGACAUCCACGUCAAGUCUGUCUGCCUCUCAGAGAUCCCCUCUGUCUGUUUCAGGAAAGAGGAGCCGCUGUGCGUGAACAACAUCAAUAUCAGACGAGGAGCUCCGUGGACACACGACUUUGUGCAAGUGUGUGGCAUCUUCUGAAGAAAUGAGGCCUACUCUCUCCCCUAUUGCAUCUACAGUGAAUCCAUUAAACGUAAAGUCCCAUUUUCACCAUCUUGUUAAAUGAUCCGGGAGCCAAAGAACUACAUUUUGCUCUGGAGACAAAGCUAAUAUGAUAGAGACCAUCACAGCUAACUGAAAACAUGCAGCCUAGUCGUACUUUAUUGCCAGAGAUCUUUUGUUAUUUGGGUUUGCAGCUCUGAAAGGCUUUAGGAUGUUCAAGGUUUCUGUAUUUUCUGACUUGUGGUUUUAAUUGUACUGACUUCAGUUUUGUACUUUAUUUUUCUUUAAAGCCACACAAUAAACUAGUAACUGCU